AUGGCCACCGUGCUCUUGCAUUCUGACUGCAUUGAAGGAACCUCGCUGUCUCUGAGGACGUUCUCGGAAAACGUGCAAUCGCAUCAGCAGCAGAACUGUAAGUACAAGCUCGUGAAAGCGACGCACUACAAGGAGCGGACUGUUCUGGGGCACGAGUUCCUGGUUCUUGAUAUCUUCGACGGGGAAAAGGUGGUGUAUCUGCGCGUCGAGCGGCGGCCUAUUACAAACAAGCGGGAAAGACUGUCGACGACGGCCACCGACGAUCAGAUCAGCCGCGCACCGCGCAACUUUGAUCCUUUAAGCUUCCACAAGAUCCUGACGAUGCGCUGCCCCGCGAAACCGGUCUUCUCCCUCUCCGACGUGUGCUCCGUCUUUGAUAUGAUAGGCGACACCUCGGCGGACUGUCCCGUCGAGUACCAAUGUUACCGGUUCUGCGCGAUGUUCCUCUCGGACCUCGAGACGAAGGUGAAAGUGGCCAAGAACCAUGGGAGGGACUACGGCCUACGCGGGACCUUCGGCAAGGCGGGCAGAGUGCCGGAGGACGCUCCGGCAUCGGUAAAGACGGACAUCGACGAGUACAACGAGAGGCCGAGCAAUAGGGAAGACGCGAAACGGCGCGCUGUCAAGCAAUUAUUCUCCGUCGCGGUGGAACAGAGGCAGCGGAGCAGCGCCGACGCGGCAAAGAAGACGCUGGAGGCAAUCAGCCCGUUUCUCGAGACUAGUGUAGAUAAGGAGAAGACAUCGAAGCUGGCCAUCAAGUCUGCGGUGUCUGCGAUGCUCGGGCCCCAAGAAGGAGGACAUAUAUAG